AUGUCGCCACUUCUCAGUCAGCAGUCAUCGUCUUCUGCAAUCAACUCUACUAGGAUUCUGCUCACCACCACCACCAAAUUGCACCACUCGGAUGCCACAAAUCGACGACAAGGAGGAGGACGACGACAGUUGCAGAAGAGUUAGUUUAUUUAUUUUUCGGGUUUAGAUUAAGAAUUUAAGAAUUUUUAACAAAAAUUAGUUUUUAGAAUAUCUUAUUUUAUUAGAGUAUUUUUAAUUAGAUAUUUAGUGAUAAUUUUGUAGUUUUGUUCUAAGAAUUAGGGUUUCUUUUUGAAUUUAUUUAAGGAAUUAAAAUCUUACAUUUAGUGAUAAUUUUGUAGUUUUGUUCUAAAAAUUAGGGUUUUUUUUUAAAUUUAUUUAAGGGUUGUUUUUGAUUUUCGAAGGUUAUGAGUUGAGAGGCAGUACCUCUCAACUUAUAAAUGAAUCGAGAGGCAAUACCUACUCGAUUCAUAAAAAACUUUCGAAUUUCUAUAAAAAUUAACCUUUAUUUGAGUUUGAAUUAAAACCUUAUUUUUUAGAAUUACUCAUUUUUUUAUUAGAGAAAUUUAGUUAGAAAAUUAGAUUAUUUUAUUAGUUAAGUUCUUAAAAUAAGGGUUUUUUUUUGAAUUUAUUUAAGGGUUAUUUUUGAUUUUCGAAGGUUAUGAGUUGAGAGGCAGUACCUCUCAACUUAUAAAUGAAUCGAGAGGCAAUACCUACUCGAUUCAUAAAAAACUUUCGAAUUUCUAUAAAAAUUAACCUUUAUUUGAGUUUGAAUUAAAACCUUAUUUUUUAGAAUUACUCAUUUUUUUUAUUAGAGAAAUUUAGUUAGAAAAUUAGAUUAUUUUAUUAGUUAAGUUCUUAAAAUAAGGGUUUUUUUUUUGAAUUUAUUUAAGGGUUGUUUUUGGUUUUCGAAGGUUAUGAGUUGAGAGGCAGUACCUCUCAACUUAUAAAUGAAUCGAGAGGCAAUACCUACUCGAUUCAUAAAAAACUUUCGAAUUUCUAUAAAAAUUAACCUUUAUUUGAGUUUGAAUUAAAACCUUAUUUUUUAGAAUUACUCAUUUUUUUAUUAGAGAAAUUUAGUUAGAAAAUUAGAUUAUUUUAUUAGUUAAGUUCUUAAAAUAAGGGUUUUUUUUUUAAUUUAUUUAAGGGUUAUUUUUGAUUUUCGAAGGUUAUGAGUUGAGAGGCAGUACCUCUCAACUUAUAAAUGAAUCGAGAGGCAAUACCUACUCGAUUCAUAAAAAACUUUCGAAUUUCUAUAAAAAUUAACCUUUAUUUGAGUUUGAAUUAAAACCUUAUUUUUUAGAAUUACUCAUUUUUUUAUUAGAGAAAUUUAGUUAGAAAAUUAGAUUAUUUUAUUAGUUAAGUUCUUAAAAUAAGGGUUUUUUUUUAAUUUAUUUAAGGGUUAUUUUUGAUUUUCGAAGGUUAUGAGUUGAGAGGCAGUACCUCUCAACUUAUAAAUGAAUCGAGAGGCAAUACCUACUCGAUUCAUAAAAAACUUUCGAAUUUCUAUAAAAAUUAACCUUUAUUUGAGUUUGAAUUAAAACCUUAUUUUUUAGAAUUACUCAUUUUUUUAUUAGAGAAAUUUAGUUAGAAAAUUAGAUUAUUUUAUUAGUUAAGUUCUUAAAAUAAGGGUUUUUUUUUUUAAUUUAUUUAAGGGUUGUUUUUGAUUUUCGAAGGUUAUGAGUUGAGAGGCAGUACCUCUCAACUUAUAAAUGAAUCGAGAGGCAAUACCUACUCGAUUCAUAAAAAACUUUCGAAUUUCUAUAAAAAUUAACCUUUAUUUGAGUUUGAAUUAAAACCUUAUUUUUUUAGAAUUACUCAUUUUUUUUAUUAGUGAAAUUUAGUUAGAAAAUUAGAUUAUUUUAUUAGUUAGGUUCUAAAAAUUAGGGUUUUUUUUUGAAUUUAUUUAAGGGUUGUUUUUGAUUUUCGAAGGUUAUGAGUUGAGAGGCAGUACCUCUCAACUUAUAAAUGAAUCGAGAGGCAAUACCUACUCGAUUCAUAAAAAACUUUCGAAUUUCUAUAAAAAUUAACCUUUAUUUGAGUUUGAAUUAAAACCUUAUUUUUUAGAAUUACUCAUUUUUUUAUUAGAGAAAUUUAGUUAGAAAAUUAGAUUAUUUUAUUAGUUAAGUUCUUAAAAUAAGGGUUUUUUUUGAAUUUAUUUAAGGGUUAUUUUUGAUUUUCGAAGGUUAUGAGUUGAGAGGCAGUACCUCUCAACUUAUAAAUGAAUCGAGAGGCAAUACCUACUCGAUUCAUAAAAAACUUUCGAAUUUCUAUAAAAAUUAACCUUUAUUUGAGUUUGAAUUAAAACCUUAUUUUUUAGAAUUACUCAUUUUUUUAUUAGAGAAAUUUAGUUAGAAAAUUAGAUUAUUUUAUUAGUUAAGUUCUUAAAAUAAGGGUUUUUUUUGAAUUUAUUUAAGGGUUGUUUUUGGUUUUCGAAGGUUAUGAGUUGAGAGGCAGUACCUCUCAACUUAUAAAUGAAUCGAGAGGCAAUACCUACUCGAUUCAUAAAAAACUUUCGAAUUUCUAUAAAAAUUAACCUUUAUUUGAGUUUGAAUUAAAACCUUAUUUUUUAGAAUUACUCAUUUUUUUAUUAGAGAAAUUUAGUUAGAAAAUUAGAUUAUUUUAUUAGUUAAGUUCUUAAAAUAAGGGUUUUUUUUUGAAUUUAUUUAAGGGUUAUUUUUGAUUUUCGAAGGUUAUGAGUUGAGAGGCAGUACCUCUCAACUUAUAAAUGAAUCGAGAGGCAAUACCUACUCGAUUCAUAAAAAACUUUCGAAUUUCUAUAAAAAUUAACCUUUAUUUGAGUUUGAAUUAAAACCUUAUUUUUUAGAAUUACUCAUUUUUUUAUUAGAGAAAUUUAGUUAGAAAAUUAGAUUAUUUUAUUAGUUAAGUUCUUAAAAUAAGGGUUUUUUUUAAAAUUUAUUUAAGGGUUAUUUUUGAUUUUCGAAGGUUAUGAGUUGAGAGGCAGUACCUCUCAACUUAUAAAUGAAUCGAGAGGCAAUACCUACUCGAUUCAUAAAAAACUUUCGAAUUUCUAUAAAAAUUAACCUUUAUUUGAGUUUGAAUUAAAACCUUAUUUUUUAGAAUUACUCAUUUUUUUAUUAGAGAAAUUUAGUUAGAAAAUUAGAUUAUUUUAUUAGUUAAGUUCUUAAAAUAAGGGUUUUUUUUGAAUUUAUUUAAGGGUUGUUUUUGAUUUUCGAAGGUUAUGAGUUGAGAGGCAGUACCUCUCAACUUAUAAAUGAAUCGAGAGGCAAUACCUACUCGAUUCAUAAAAAACUUUCGAAUUUCUAUAAAAAUUAACCUUUAUUUGAGUUUGAAUUAAAACCUUAUUUUUUUUAGAAUUACUCAUUUUUUUAUUAGUGAAAUUUAGUUAGAAAAUUAGAUUAUUUUAUUAGUUAGGUUCUAAAAAUUAGGGUUUUUUUUUUUGAAUUUAUUUAAGGGUUGUUUUUGAUUUUCGAAGGUUAUGAGUUGAGAGGCAGUACCAAAAUGCCUUCGAGCUACCAAAUCAAAAAAAAAAUGAAUUCGCGGUGAAUAUUUUGAGACUGUCAAAAUGGAUCCGCGAAACAAGGCCUUUCAACACGUUUUGAGCUACAAAAUUGAAUUGUUAUUUUCCAGAUGUCUGAAAACGAAAAACCAGUAAAAUUGAUUUUCAUAUUCAAAUCAACAAACCUGAGUGUGAGCGAUAACACUGAUCGAUGAGCAGUACUUCUUUUUGGCCUAGAUUUGUGUGCAGCAUGUGAAUUUCAAAGUUCUGUUGAAAUGUGCUACUUGAUCCUAGUCGAAAAUCAUGUUUCUUGCCUUUUUCACAGUUUCACACAGUGCGCUUUUCACAUCAUGUCGAGAGUCGAGAAAUUUUUUGGAGAGGAGAGAAAGCGCGCUCUAUCGCACACAAUUUUCUCAUUGCGCCAUCAUUUUUUCACUUAUUUCCUCUCUUUCUCUGACCUUUUUUCUGCUUCUUUUUCCAUUUUUUUCUCGACGGCUGCUCUCGUAAAGGAAAGCGCGCCGUGUUUGAAAACAUAGUCUGGGUAGUUACCUAAUUCUAGAACCUAAUUCUAACGGAGGAGGCGACUUUCAAAAAAGUGUGUUGUUGAAAAAAAAAUAGAAGGGCCCGUCUCGGCUCUGACCGGCUUUUUAGAGGCCAUAGAGCGAACGGCCGGGUCGAGCCCUUAAAGACACAAGAGCGCGUAGAAAUGAGCAGAAAAUCAGUUUGUUAUUCAUUCUCAACACCUUUCAAGUAAUCGAAAUUCAUGAAAAUCAAGAGAAAAUUUUGAGUCUAGCAAAAAUGUAAAAAUAAAAUAAUUGUUUUUGAAAUCGCUCAGCCGACGGAAAUUUCGAAAGUGUUUGCACACAGUGUGUCGCUAGAGCGCACAUGCUGCUUUUGUCGUUUCAAAAUAAAUGCGUGAAAUCUGUUUUUUUUUAAGUGUUUCUUGUGUCUUCAAGCCCUUCCAUUCGGCCCAGCCGGUCCGGCCCGGUCGUAGUUCAAUGAACGUGUUUUAUUCUUAUGUUGUCUUAACUGACCUGAAUAGGUUUUCUUCGCUUUUCUACCGUUUUCUUAACGCUGAGAAAACAUGUUUUUUUCGUUGAAUAGCCCCCUCACUGGUCCUGGGAGGUUGACCAAAAAUUGACCAAAUUUUGGCCAAAAACGAAAAUUGGUCGAAUUUUGACCAAAAAUUGAUCAAAAAUAUUUAUUGGCCAAAAUAUGGUCAGAAAUUGGCCGAAAAAUUGGUCGAAAUUUGGCCAAAAAUCAGUGAAAAUUUUAAUUGUGAAAAAUUUCGAAAAUCUUAAUGUUGUUGGGCAGGCAUGUCGUUUUGCGGCUUUUGGUGAAGUUAGGUUGAUGAAUUUCGUUGUUUUUCUACUGAUGAAUCAAUAAAUAGGAGUAAAAUACUUCGUUUGGUGAAUUUUGGCGCCACUCACACCAAUUUCACCAUUGGCGCAAAUUUCAGCCCCAAAUCUUCAACUAAAAUCAGUUUUGACUUAUCUUGGAGCUAUUUUUACCAAGCAGAGACCUAUCACAGAGUGUAAUUUACUACCCGAAAAAAUUCGCGCAUUUUUUGAGACCUGACACGAUCUUAGGGGUGGGACUAAAAUCGACGAAAUUCAACGCAAAAAUGAGAGAUUUAGAGAAAAUUGAUUUUUGAUCUACCCAAAAAUUAAUGAAAAUUUUGAGGUCUAGCGAUUGAGGUAGUAAAUUACACCCUGUGCCUAUCAGGCCUGAUCGGAAUCGGAAUGUCGGAAUUCCGAAAUUCCGAAACCGACAGGUUUUUCGGAAUGAGACAAACGUGUCUCGGAAUCGGAAUCUAUUUUCUCGGAAUCGGAAUCAUUCCGAUGUUACUUCCGAAACUUUUUGGAAUUUCGGAAUGUGUUUCUCUUCCGAAUUUCGGAAUUUUUCUACCGAAGUUCGGAAUUUUUCGGAAUGUUUGAGUUGAAAUUAGUGAAAAAUUCAACAAAAAAAAGGAAAAAUUGAUGAAUUUUACCUGUCAUUUUCAAAAAAUCUCUUUUUCUCUUGUGAUUCUCGAAAAAUGUAACUUUUGAAGACAAAUUUUUGAAGUUUUAUAUCAUUCCGAAAAAUUCCGAAAUUCCGAGGUAAAAAUGUCGGAAUGGAGGUUCGGAAUUCGGAAUUACGAUCUGACCACUCGGAACGAGCGUGCUCAUUCCGAACCUUCCGACAAGGUCCAUUCCGACCAGGCCUGGUGCCUAUCUCGAAUCUAUCAGUUGUAUUGAUCGAUCCUUGAUUUAUCAAGAACAAGGGCUCAGAGAAAUCAGAAGUAUUGGGUUCAGGGGCAAUAAUUUCCAUUAUUUUUUAACACCAGUGUUCCAAAAAUCGUGCAUUUUUUCCCAAAAACGUGAACUCAAAAACUUCCACACAUAGAGAUGAUUUUUAUAUCAUUUUACUCAGCGUGAAAUUCUGAAUCGAAUGGUGCAAACUAUUUAUCACCAAACACUACUAAUUGGUGCGCGAAAACAAUAGAUUAAAGGCGCACAUAUUUAUGCAAUGUGGUCCUGCAGCGAAAUGUGUGUGCGUACUUCUCUCGGACGAAAUGCACGCCACCAAAUUUUUUCUUUUUUUUUCGUUUUUUUUGUGUGUUGCCCUACUUAUAGAGAAAUUGAUUGUUCACGACUGCUAAUAAGAUAUAAAGCUUGUUCCCCGACUAGGAUCUAGCAGCAAGUUUUACCAGAACUUUGAAAUUCACAUAUUAAACUUGAAUUUAGGCCAAAAACAAAAAAUUGGUUUUCUUUGAGUUUUAGAUUUUUUAUCAGAACGGGGCUGUUUCUCAAUUUGACAAGUUUUCAGCAACAUUUGCAUGAGUUUCUAUGUUACAAUCAGAAGUGUCUCAACAGCCGGUAGACGGCCGUCGGGGUUUUAAAAUUCGAUUCUUAUCGAUCUUAUUUCGCAAUAUUGAUAUUUCUGCUGUUUUUAGAAACUACUAACCAAGAAAGAAUGACUACUGCUCUUGCUGAGACUACCAACACAAUGACCGGAGAAACCACUGUUCCAGUUGAAAAUGUCAAGACCACCACUACUGAAGAAGCAACUCGAGUCCAACUACUGCUGAAACUUCCACCGCUGCCACCAAAGAGCUCACUGCCGAGGAAAAGUCAGUUUUUUCUUCUGAAGAAUUUUAAUCAAAGUUGGUUCUUAUUUCCAGGACUACAUAAUUGA